UUAAAAUGCCAAGAAAAAUUAAAUCAAAAGAAAGUAAAUCUGAGGAUUUUGUUGCAUACAGUGAAGGUGCAGUUAGAAAUAAUGCAGCAGUUGUUGAAUAUUGUAAAAUUUCGAUGGCAGCUUUGUCUGGUGGUACUGCUGGUCUACUUGGUUUAACUGGUCUAUAUGGAUUUGGAUUUUAUCUAUUUGCUGUUUUUAGUUUAUGGGCAAUGUUAUUGAUGAAAGCUGGAGGACAGUGGAAAAAAUUUUUCAUCAGUAGACACAGUUUGUUGACAAAUGGAUUUUUUGGAGGUCUUUUUACCUACGUAUUAUUCUGGACAUUUUUGUAUGGAAUGGUUCACGUAUACUGAGGAAAAAACAUCACAUUUUCAUUAUCAAUGAGCACUUCAAUUAUUUUCAAAUAAAUACGUAAUUAUCAUUUCAACAGAUAAUGAGACAUCAUCCAGUUGUUAAUGAAUAAUCAACAAACUACCAAAAUCACUUUAUUGUGAAUACUUUUUUUUUUUUUUGUUUUUAUAUAGUUUUAUGUAUUUCACAAUAAUAACUUGUCACUUUGUGAUCAUGUCAGCAUUUAGCACAUGUAAACUAUUAAAG